AUACUACAUGAUCGAUCAAGCUUCCCCACCAAAAAGCAGAAACUCAUCUGCUAUUCCACUACAUAUAAAAAUAUACCAAAUUCUUAUUAUAUACCAUACUAGUAUAGUCAUUCUUGCUGCUUUCUUCACUUGACUAGUUUCCAUCAAUAUCCCAAAAAACAAUGAAGCUUCUCCAACAUUCUUCUUCAUCAAAAACCACCAUUAUUUUUACAAUCAUGAUCACAAUCAUAUUCUUCAUAAUUCCCUCUUUAGUCUCCUCCCAAACCUGCCUAAGAGCUUGCGGAAAACUCCCUCUCAAGUACCCUUUCGGAAGCGGGCCAGGCUGCGGCGACUCCCGCUUCCAACACUACGUGACAUGCAACAACGACCAACAACAACUCACUUUCACAACUCACACCGGCUCUUACCCCAUCACCGCCAUAGAUUACUCCAACCAGCUUCUCUACAUCUCGGACCCUUCCAUCUCAACAUGUUCGUGUAACCAGCCCAGCAAAGGCUUCGGCCUAGACUGGGACGCGCCUUUCACCUUCGCCGACGAAACCAUCUUCGCUUUGCUUGGUUGCUCGCUCGACGACUCGCCUAUCUACAGGCCUAACAGUGAUGGGAAUUAUAAUUCUUCAAGCUCUAGAGCAGUUCCUCUUUGUGACAAACAGGCACUGCCAAUAUGCAGUUUUUUGUAUUCUUGCAGGGCUAUUAGUCCUCUCAAUAUUCCGAUUUCGACGUGUUGCGUUUACACGCCUGUUGAUCUUGGGCCGUCGUUUGACAUGGACUUGGAGAAGUUGAAGUGCGGUUCUUACUCCGGGUUCUACAGCUUUAAUGGAAGACAAUCCGACCCGGAUAGUUGGAAGUAUGGUAUAGCGUUGAAGUACAAGUUUAGUGUGUAUAAUGAGUUUCCGAGUUAUUGUGCUAACUGUGAAAAGAGUUUUGGGUAUUGUGGCUACACUGGAGCAUAUAAUUCAUUCAUAUGUAACUGCCCUUCUGGAUUUAACUCCACUAGUUAUUGCUUCUUUGGCUACAAUUUGGGUUCAAGGCUUCCACUGCAAACUGGGUUAGCGUGGUUGGUCUUUUGUGUGGCGUGGUUAUUAGUUUAUGUCUUGUAGAUGGUGAAACUCAGUUUGUGAAGUGAACUUGGAAGGCAAAAUUCAUGUUGCUUUGGUUAUGACCUUCUUUUGGGUUGAGAUUUUCUCAAAGUUGUUCUAAAGUUUAAGAGAAUAUUAAUAUUCCAAGUAAAUAAUCUACUUUUAUUUUGCACGUUGGAGCACAGCUAAGAUUCCAGUAUUGUGAGUAAAUGU